AUGAUCAACUUACAACACCUCACCAACGAGGUCACCUCCAACCCAGCACUGCUUAUAAGUAGCGUGGUGAUCCUAUCUUGGCUUUCAUCAACAUCCCAAACUAACCCUCCCUACUCCCAGCUCCUAACCUACCCCCUCACCACCCUAACCUACAACCUCCUCUUCCACCCCCUGCGCCACACCCCCGGCCCACUCCUCUCGCGCGCCUCCGCCCUCCCCUGGGCCAUCCGGCACGCGCUCGGCACAUCCGCCUUCCACACCCACCAUCUCCACACCCGCUACGGCCCCGUCGUGCGCAUCGCUCCCAACCACCUCUCCUUCACGGCGCCGCGCGCCUGGCGCGACAUCUACGGCUCGCUGCCGCGCGACAGUGGCAGCAGCGGCAGUGGCGGCAGCGGCGGCAGCGGCGGCAAAAGCGGCUACACCAGCGUCUGGCCCGAAGUGCCCAAGAGCAAGACCUUCACGUCGGCGACGGAUGAUCAGGAGGAGUCGAUCGUCCAGGCGGACUUCCACGAGCACGCGCGUCUGCGGCGGGCGCUGGCGCCGGGGUUUUCGGAUGCCGCGUUGCGGGUGCAGGAGCCGUUGCUGAGGAGGUAUGUGGAGGUGUUGGUGGGAAGGAUUGGGGAAAGGUGUGGUGGUGGUGGUGGUGGUGGUGGUGAUGGCAUGAAGGGGGAGGGGGUGGUGAUGGAUAUGGAGAAGUGGUAUAAUUGGACGACGUUUGAUAUCGCGGGGGAUUUGGUGUUUGGGCGGGCGUUUGGGUGCUUGGAGAGGGAGGCGUAUCAUCCGUGGAUUGCGUUUCUGAUGGGCACGUUGAAGGCGGCCGCGGGGAUGGUGUCGGUUAUUUAUUUGGGGGGCAGGUGGUUGGUGAGGAUUUUGUUCAAGACGGUUGGGCAGAAGUCCAUGUUGGCUCUGCGGGAGAUGACGGAGGAGAUGGUUAGCCAUCGGCUUGCGAUGGAGAAGGGGAGGGAUGAUUUGUUUGAGGGUCUCGUGAAGCAUCGUGAGGAAUGGAACCUCUCGUUCGAAAAGUUCUCUACCAACGGCUUGGUCCUGACCCUCGCUGGGUCCGAGACAUUGGCGACCACGCUCUGCGGGACGACUUACCUUCUGUUAAAGAACCCCAAAACGAUAGAUCGGCUUUCCCAGGAAGUACGCGCAGCAUUCAGCAACACGGAUGAGAUCACUGUCAAAGCGGUAUCUCAACUUCCCUACCUAACCGCGGUUAUCAACGAGUCCCUGCGCAUGUACCCUCCCGUUGCUGCGGACUUGAUCAGGGUCAUUCCCCCGGAAGGGAAGAACAUUGCUGGUCACUAUGUCGCUGGCGGUACCUUCGUGGAAGUCCAGCCAUGGUCGAUCAACCACAGCCCGGACAAUUGGGUUGAGCCCUGGACUUUCAACCCAGACCGGUUCCUUCCCGGGGAAGACGAAGCAAAGGAAGCAGGCAAUAUCCUCGAGGCAUCUCAACCCUUUAGCUGGGGACCGAGGAACUGCCUUGGGCGCAACCUUGCGUACGCGGGACUGCGUUUGAUACUCGCCCGCAUCAUCUUUUACUUUGACAUGAAACUCGCGGGGGACAGCGGCGACUGGAUCGGGCGGCAAAAGACGUUCCCACUCUGGGCCCGGCUGCCCCUUAAUGUGCACUUUACACCCGUUAAGCGGGGCUAGGAGUGAUGCUGGGCGUUUGUAGAAAUUAGAUUAGACAACCAUCCCGCCUCUCAGGCAAACUUGCCAAUGUUCGCUGUUACCCGGCUAUUG